AUGACAACCAAAUCAGAACUCAAGACGAUUCUUGUCACGGGCUGCUCGGCCGGCGGUGUUGGUGCUGCCUUAGCAAUCGCACUCGCCACUAAAGGUCAUUACGUAUUCGCCACGGCACGAAACCUGAGCAAAAUCCCUCCAGCGCUAGUCAGCCUUCCGACAGUCACAACGCUAUUGUUGGAUGUGACUUGCAAGACGUCCAUAGCCACUGUCGCCACUGCUGUCGCUGAUGCCACCAGAGCUAGAGGUAACCCCGGACUUGACGUUCUGAUCAACAACGCAGGUGUCGGGUACACGGCACCGCUCCUCGACACCGACCUUGACCUGGCACAGCGAGUUUACGACACUAACAUAUGGGGUCCUAUCAGGAUUAUUCAAUCUUUUGCAGAUCUAUUGAUUGUGAAGAAGGGAAGGCUGGUCAACAUGUGCAGCAUAUCAUCGGUUUUACACAUGCCAUGGAUGGGAAUAUACGCCUCGUCAAAGGCAGCCAUGACCGUUAUUUCAGACACUCUACGUCUUGAACUCGCGCCUUUUGGUGUUUCUGUUACCACGGUCGUUCUGGGUAUCGUCGCUACCGACUUUAACAACAACAAAUUUAGUUUGAUACUACCACCGAGGUCAAGAUAUACCACAAUCCAUGAGACAAUUCUUGCUUGGCGAAGCGGUGAUAUCGGACCCAAGGGCUGCACGGCAUCUGAAGCGGCUGCUUCUCUAUUGCCUGACAUCCUUGGAUGUGGCAAAACGGGAACGAUCUGGAGAGGAGAUAAAAGCAUUUUCGUCAAGUUCUUGUCUGCUUGGACACCGGAGUUUCUUUUGGUACGUGGAAGCACUGAUCCACAAGCUGUUAUGUCUCAUAACAAUGAGACAUAA